AAUUUUUUUUUUUUUUCAUGUUAGGAAAGAAUAUGUUAAACUGUGCUUUAGUUUUCCCUCUUCCCUCAUAAGAGAUCCUGCAGGAAUGCAAGAGAGAUGCACCACCCAAACCCUGCACAGCCAGUGCCCGAUACAGGAGAUACUCGGGAUAACUCUCACCUCUUUCUUUACAGUGCCUGGUGAUGUUAGCUUGGCACCCUUCGGAGCACAGCACAGAUCCCACUGCUUGUAGCCUCAAGCAGGACUGCCGAUAGACUUUAUCUCGGGAUAAGAGCCGUCCAAAACAGAGGGGUUUGUGGUGGGUCCAAGGCCACAGCGCCAUCACUCACAGCAUCACUGCAGGAAUCCAAGGGCUUCCCAUCGGGGUGGAUUUCAGUCCACACACAGAUUGCACUUUUACCUCUAGUUUAAAAGAAGAAGUGUACCAUUUUCAGCAAACUUCCCAAAUGAAUUGGUGUACAGGGUUGCUGAUCUUUCUGGACAUCAGCUUUGACAGAACUUGCUGUGGGAGAGGCUGUUGUUCUGUGUGCUUACCUGGAGAUGGAAGGCAUUGAUCUCAGGGAUCGGUCUGUGAUUGAGCUGGGAGCUGGAACUGGAUUGCUGGGAAUAGUGGUCACGUUGCUAGGUGCCCGAGUUACCCUCACAGACAGGGCGGCAGCCCUGGAGCUCCUGGAGUCAAAUGUGCAGGCGAACUUACCCCCUGAACUACGUCCCAGAGCGGUGGUGAAGGAGCUGACGUGGGGAAAAGACCUGGAUAACUUCUCUCCAGGAGCAUUUGACUUAAUCCUGGGUGCAGACAUCGUUUAUCUGGAGGAAACAUUUGCAGAGCUGCUUCGGACGCUGGAGCACCUGUGCUCGGAGCGAGCGGUGAUCCUCCUUUCCUGCCGCAUCCGCUACGAGCGCGACCUCGAGUUCCUGAAGAUGCUGAGGGAGCGCUUCUCUGUGUCCGAGGUCCACUAUGAUUCCAGCAAGGAUGUGCAUAUCUACAAAGCACAGAGGGGGAGUCCCAAGGAUGACUUGUGACUCUCUGCUUUGUUAAUAAGCCACUGACGCUGUUCAAUUCUCCCCUUUGUUUCUACUCAAUACACUUGUUCCUAAGCAUGAA